CCUGCGCUCUUGAUGGUCUACGCGACGUACCUAAAAUCAUUUUGUGGAAAAUUUGAAGUUUGUUGUUAUUUGUGACAACUUAUAAUUCAUAAUUAUUUAUGAAAGCUCCGUGCUAAUUACCAUUCCAGGCGCGGGGCAAGAUUUCACUGUGGUGGUUAGCCUGGAUGCGUUCCGACACUAUACUUCGAGCGGUGUACGGUAGCCAUCUUGGAAUCGAACAAAGCUUCAGAUGUGUAGUUUGUCUGUUUAUCAAUAAUUUUUGUGCAUUUUCUUGUAAAUAGUUUGUAUGUUUAGGAUAUGUACGGAACGUUCGUCCAUAUGUGUAAAUAGCUAUGGCUGCGACAAGGAAAUUACAAGGUGAAAUAGACAGGUGUUUAAAAAAGGUAACAGAGGGAGUCGAGACAUUUGAUGACAUCUGGCAGAAGGUUCACAAUGCGACGAACAGUAACCAAAAGGAGAAGUAUGAAGCAGACCUCAAGAAGGAGAUCAAGAAGCUUCAGAGGCUACGGGAUCAGAUCAAGUCGUGGAUCGCCUCCGGGGAGAUUAAGGAUAAGAGUACACUUUUAGAAUAUAGGAAACUAAUAGAAACACAAAUGGAAAGGUUUAAAGUAGUGGAGCGGGAGACGAAAACGAAGGCGUAUUCCAAGGAAGGGCUGGGCGCGGCGCAGAAGCUGGACCCUGCGCAGAAGGAGCGGGAGGAAAUGUCCUCGUGGCUCGUCUCCUCCAUCGACGCACUUAAUUUACAAGUUGAUCAAUUUGAGUCUGAAAUAGAGUCACUGCUAGUGGGUAAGAAGAAAAGGUUGGACAAAGAGAAACAAGAUCGGAUGGAGGAACUGAAACUGAAGCUGGAGAAGCACAGGUUCCAUAUAAAGAAGCUAGAGACACUCCUGAGAAUGCUUGACAACAUGUCUGUCGAAGUUGAACAGGUGCAUGUUGUAUUGCAGAUAAAAAGGAUAAAGGACGACGUGGAGUACUACAUCGACUCGUCACUGGAGCCGGGCUUCGAGGAGAACGAGUACAUCUACGACGACAUCCGCGGCCUCGACGACAUCGAGCUCAGCGGCGUCGGCCUGCCUUCCUCCGCCACCACCGACAGCAACAACAGCAAUGACUCCGCAGGAUCUCCCACUAGCAUGCUCUCAGGUACAAGUCCAGUAACAUCACCAACGUUAGAGGUACACAAUCACUCAACAGAUUCCAUAGACGUCGAAAAAAAGAAAAAAGAAGAGAUCAUAACCAAAGUGUGCGAUUUGUCUUUUUCGCCGACAAUACACUCAAACUUGCCGGUAAAACCGCUGCCGCUGCGCGCGGGUAACGCGGGCGCGGUCAGUAACAGCACGUGUAACGUUAGUUCCUUGCUCAAUAACUCCGCAGCAUCCACCAAUAGUAUAAGCACCAGCGCGGGCGGCGCGCCGGCCGCGUCCAGCUGCAGCACGCCCAGCAAGCCGCCGCCCGCCGACCUGCACCACGCGCGACACGCCGCCACCAACUGCGCCAACACCUCCACAGAAGUAGUGGAGAAUGGUCCGGUGUCGACGUCGGCCGCGCACCCGGCGGCCCACCUGCCGGCGGCGCCCGCGCUACCUCCGCCUACGUCAAAGAGUUCGUCAGUACCUCUACUUGGUUCGAGCGCGAGUGCGAGCGAAACGGCGCCAUCGCCUCUUACCGUCAACGGGCCUAGCCAACCGCCGCAUCAUACGCCGCAACAUGUUGCUAACAAUGGUAGAGUGAGUGAAGCGUCGAGUACAGGCGGGCGCGGUAGUAGCGCGGGCGCGGCCACCGCGUCACUGAAGAGCAUGGCGCAGGAAGCCGUGCAACGCGCCGGACUCGAUCAACAUCACCCACAGAACCUAAGACGAGGGGCACCCCUAGCGCAAGCGCACAUUCCUCCGUUACUGGGCGUGGCACCGCUAGGCCCACUACCACUCAACUCUGAACAUCAGCUACAGUUCCAAAUGUUGGAAUCAUCGUUCUACCACAUGCCGCACCCGUCCGACUCGGAAAGAACGAGGGUAUAUUUACCGAGAAAUAUAUGCCCCACGCCGAUAUACUACAACCAGGUGCUCCUCCCCCAUUCGGACUCCGUGGAGUUCUUCCAGCGACUAUCGACGGAGACAUUAUUCUUCGUGUUCUACUACAUGGAAGGCACGAAGGCACAGUACCUCGCUGCCAAGGCGCUCAAGAAGCAAAGCUGGCGGUUCCACACCAAGUACAUGAUGUGGUUCCAGAGGCACGAGGAGCCCAAGGUCAUCAAUGAGGAGUAUGAACAGGGCACAUAUAUCUAUUUUGACUAUGAGAAGUGGGGCCAGCGCAAGAAGGAGGGCUUCACGUUCGAGUAUAAGUACUUAGAGGACCGUGACUUGAACUGAGCGUGUCAGUGUCCAGCGCCGCCGCCGCCCCCGUGGAAGCAGUAUUGUCCGCCGCCGCGGCCGUCGCCGGUCCAGCGAGGCUGUGUCCGUGCACUACAGAUCUGAAUACCUGAAGCCUGAGUGUGACUCGAUGCAUGAAGUGAAUGCCGCGUGCAGUGUGUGAGAUAUGGCGUAGUGUACAGUGCACCGCAGGAGAGGCCUGUAUCCCGCAGUGGACUCGGGGCACGGACCUCGCGGCCGGGACCUGCGACUGCGCCGCGGGCGUUAACUAAACUCUACAAAAUAGUGUAUUUGAACAUAUUCUGGCAGUUUGUAACAUGGAAUAAGUUGUGAGGAUUGCAAGUCAGUUAGUAUUGAAGCCGAAGUGUUUGUAAACUGUACACAAGAACGAACAAGCGAAAGAUAACGUGAAGAUUAGUUUCAGCCAUACAAGGUUGUUAGUAGCGAAACAUGUGAUAUUGUUAUAGGCGCCCGGGACGGCCUCGACCCGCGCGAUAGUAUCGGGGCCGCUGUUCCGGCGGACCGGUCCCUGCACAAUCCCUUACGUUCGGUUCCACGGAGUAUAGAGUAGGCUUGUGUUCUUAUGUCCUUGUGCAGUGACCGGCCUGACACUGGCCACCGAUGACCGAAGUGAUGGAAAUCUCCAUAAAACGGCUAACGCACAUUAUAAUUGUAGUACUUUUAUUGGAGCAUUUUAGGAGCGUAUGGCUUUAAUAUAUAAUUUAAUGAAAUUAGCAGACGUAUUAGUACGGACUGGUGAGAUUUGUUAAAGGAAAGAAGUUCGAGGUCGCCCCGGGUCAUUUGUUUUUAAACUUGUGUAUAGACAUUGGAAUAGUUUGAAAUUAUUUUAAGUGCCGGGGCGUGCGCACCACGGCCGCUAUAUUUGUGAUCUUAAUUUUUGUAGACUGACUAGUUUUCUUAUAAUUGUGAUCAACGCUGGCCAGAGCCAGGGUUCAGUGGACGGGCAUCAAACCGUGCGCGGCCGUAGUGCGCAGCGCCCUCGAUACCUAAAUAUAACUACAAUAAGGACCUCCAGUGUGAUUUCAUUAGUUUGCUAAGUAAUACACUUUUUCACCUCUAAAAUAUGUAUAUUUUAGUUAGUGCAUUUAAAUUUGAACAAAAGUUAAAUUAUGUAAGAGCAUGCAUGUCACACUGCCAAUGUAUUAUAUUAUUGGAUAGAUAUACGGUAUAUAUAUUUAUAUAAAUUGUACUUAUUUAUUGUUUGUGAUAAAUUUACGUGAUGCACCCGCACCGCUUUGUAUCGAGGUGAAAGAGUAUAUUAUCGAAGGUAACGUGAACGCGAGCGCAAUAGUGCUACUGCCAGAUAGUAAGUCACCAACACGUCUUGUUUUCCAUUGUCCAUGAGAGCAUAGAAGUAAUUUUGUAUUCAGUGAAGUAGUCGCAUCCGCGUCGCGCAGCUCAAUAGUUCGCGUCCCGGCGCCGCGUCGGUGCCGCGCCGGCAUCGUGUCGGUGCCGCGUCGGCGCCGCGCGGGGCCGGGACGCCGCGGCCGGUGGCUAGGGAAGCGGUGGGUGAGCGGUAACUGCGCGCGAUCUCGUUUAUUACGUGCGUAAUGUUGAUAGUUUUCACUUUUGUAAAAAGUCUAUCGUGAGAGCAGAUGAGAUGUGGUAAAUAAUUUAAAAAAUUAUCUGUACAGUUCUAUUUGUAUAGAAAUAAUAAAUAACGAUUAAAAAAAUUAAAAACAACGUUGUGAUUUCUUCCUAAACGCUUAGUUUUAAGUGCGUCGGUUUUUACAAGUGCGCGCGCGCCGAGUUUAAGGGCGUGACGCGAUUUUCGCAUUUCUUUUUUUUAAUUUAUUUUUUUAUAGAAAGAAAUGACUGUUUACUUUUAGAAUAAACUGUAAGAAAGCAUUGAA